AUGGCCGACGAACACACACACCACCACGUACACCGCGAACGUACCGUCAUCAAAGAAUUUGAAGACGAAGAUUUCGACUGCAACGACGACGGUUGUGUCUCGCACGGCGGUUCGGAGCACCAUCAUCACCACCAUCACGCGCACCACGACGCGCAUGGAUCACAACCACCUUCGGGAUUUGUUGCGAAACUUAAACAUAUGAUUUUGGGACCGGCUGCGGAGGGAGAUUCGUUUUUGGUUGAGAAGGAGAUUAAGGUGAUUAAGGUUCAUAAACUUGAUAAGACCCACGAAGACAGCGACGAGGAGAGCAUUCACGACACGGUCGGCGACAAGGAGCACAGGCUGAAAGACGCGGCCCACAACGCGAAAGACAAUGUGAAACAUACCGCAGAGGACGUGAAAAACAAGAUCGAAGGCGACGCCCGUCAUCUCAAGAACAAAGUCGAGGGAGAUGCAAAGGAGGUAAAGGGCCGUGCUGAGGACGCCAAGGAUGAAGCUGUGGAGAAAGCGGACGGUCUUCUAGGCAGAUUCAGGACCGGUGUCAACAACCUGAUUGGCAAAGGCCACAAAGCCGAAAAAACGGCCGAAGAAACUUACGACAAAGUCAAACACGACGCCGAGAAGGAAGCCGAGAAUCUCAAAGGUUCCGUCAAAGACGCCAUAAAAUCCGCCAAGGACAAGGGGAAAGAAAAAAUCCACGACGUGAAGGACGAGGCGGAAGAAGCCAAAAAGCGUCUUGAACUUGAGAAGCGGUACAAAGAGGCGAAAGAGCGAGCGACUCAUGACGCCGAACGUGUCCGCGAAGGCUUCGAGGAGGGUAUCAAAAAGGUGCAGGAGAACGCCGCAGAGGCAGCAGCACGCGCCAAAGCCGCCGCAGACGCCGCGAGCCAAAGCGUCAAAGAAAAAGCCGCAAAGGCCGCGCACGUCGUGAUUGAUGCCAAAGAAACGGUCCACCACCGCGUCGAGGAGGCGGCGGACGGUGUCAAGCGCCGGGUUGAGGCGGCGACUCAUCGCGUGAAGGAGGAGAUUGAUGAGGCGGCGGAGAGCGUGCGGAAGACGGCUAAGAACGUUGAGGAGGGGGUUAAGGGGACUGCGCAGACUGUUAAGAAGAGUGUUGAGGAUGCGGCGCAUAAGGUUCAGGACACCGUGCAUGAUGUCAAGAAAGGGGUGCAGGACACAGCGCACACCGUCAAAAAGGGAGUGCAAGGCAAAGUGCACGAAGUUAAGAAGGGAGUGCAGGAUACCGCGCACAACGUCAAGAAGGGAGUGCAGGACACGGCGCAUAAUGUCAAGAAGGGAGUGCAGGACACGGCGCAUAAUGUCAAAAAGGGCGUGCAGGACGCCGCUCACAACGUCAAAGAAGGCAUUCAACACAAGGCCGAAGACGUCAAAGAACACGUUCAUCACGGUAUCGAGCAUGUGAAAGAAGGCGCGGAAUCAGCCUACCACAAGGUCGAAUCAGCUGCAGAGUGUUUGGGCAUCCAAGGACCGAGGACGCAGGGCGUGUACCAUCAUAAUCACCAUCACCAUACUGGCGGCUCGUUGGCGUGGGGAGGGCCGCUGGCACAUCCGUUUGCGAAUCCGGUGCCUGUUACGGCUUUUUAUGCGGCUUUGAGCACGCUUUGGUUCCUUUGGCUUGCUAGACGCGUUUGGCUCGCCCGCAACCGCACCAAGAUCUUCAUCGGUGACGGCUCCUACGAGCUCGCCACCGAAGCCACCCGCGACGUCCUCGUCUCCGAAACCACCAUCACCCCCAGCCGGGCCCAAAAACGCACCACCGCCGUGCACGUCGAAGACGAGGAUCGGGUCAAAAGCAUCAAGCAGCUCCUACGUGCCACGGACGCGCGCAGGGCGUUCACGAAUGUGGUGCCGCUGUUUUUGGUGUUGCUUGGCGCGUUGGAGUUGGAGGGCGCGUACAGGCCGCUGUUGCAUGUGUUGAGUUUGGGGUUCUUGGUGGGGAAUGUUGCUCAGACUGAAUACGGCAUCUUUGCCCCCAAAGGCCACGGACCCGGUCAUGCCAUCGGCCUUGCUCUCAACUACUCCGUCCUGAUUGUCGGAGCCAUCAUGGGGAUACAUCUCGCGUUGAGUUGCCAAGGGUGCCCAAUUGCGUAA